GUGAGCGUACAGUCUACUCUUGCAGGACUGCUUUACUUUUUCCUCAAUUGAAUUACAACGGUUAUGUUCGAGGAUUACCACGGUCAUACUCCACUGUCCCCCAAAAGAAAUUACUGUUUUUUUACAUUUUUCUGGGGCACAUGAACGAUUCAAAUACGCGUGAAUCUCAAGUCUUCUGCUACCUAAAUUUUUCUAUGGGUACGACACGUACAUCUCUCACUAUAAAAAUGCUUGUGCUCAAGGGUUGAGGUUGUCUUUCCAAUUGAUGCAGUCGAGAUAAUCGCGCUCGACUAUCUUGACGAUCUACUGCAUCACCAAUGGAGAGUAGAAGAGACCAUGGGCCUCAGGCCACAAAGUCCUUCGACUAUCGCUCUUCUUCCUCGUUCCUCUUGGUUUCAGUUUUGGGGAUGGGAUUCUUUGGCUACAAUGCCCAAACAGCAGCUUCAAGGGCAGGCAACAAUCCAUGGAUCAAUGUCUUCUUCAUUUUCACCUUCUUGAACAUGGCCUUCCUUGAUUUCCUCUUGGUUUUGCACUCAGGCAAGCCUGAAGCCUUUGAGAGGAGGAGUUCCCUCAAAUUUGCCACCCUCGGGUCCAUAAUUGCACUGACCUUUGCUUUCUUGGUGUACUUGUGGAUCAGUGUUCCUCCUGCCUUGGAAUGGGUAGUUUGGGUUGCCUGUGGUAUAACUUUGUUGAGUGGUGUCGGCAUGGCUUUCAUGUGUAAGAGCCUCAAGGAGACUACUUUGGAUGAAAAGCCCAAAUGAGUGGAGGGUGCUUCUAAGAUGUGAUAAGAGAGAGAGAGAGAGAGGAGAGAGAGAGAGAGUCCUUGUCACCAUGGUUAUGGAUGAUAUGAACUUGGGUGUCGGUGUUUGUGUGUGAGGAUAGUUGUAUUAGCUAAGCGCAACUCUGAAUCUUGAUAAACUUGGUACUUCAGAGGUUGGAAUGUUUUUUUUUCUUUUAAUGAAGUCUCUCCCAUAAGUACCUAAUGACUUUUCUACAGUGUUGCAUGGGUGGUAUUUGUUCUGGGUCAGAUUGUCUAGUAUGUGAAGCUAAAGCAUAUAUUGUAACAUGCAUUGGAUGUGAGAGCAAAUUUUGCAAUAAAUAUUGCCAAAUAA